UGUAAAUCGCUUUGCUCUGACUACGUUGAACACUUUGGCUUAAAGCCUUCCUGAAUUCUGCUGACUAUCAGCAAAAGUUAGGUGUUUGUGGCUGCAUACGAGGCAAACUGAAAAGAACGACUGGAAUGGCAAGCAGAACGCGUUUGAUAGUUCGGACUUUUGUCGUUGCUGAAGUUAUUUUUCUGGUCGGAUCUUACAAAGUAUGGCACCAAAUGAACACAAAUCAAGAUUAUCGCUUGUGGAUGCACAGUAAUUAUCCUUUUGUACUUGAAGGAUUCUAUAAAGGUGGAGAACUUAUGGGAAUAAAAGAUACAAAGGAAAAUGACUUCAAAACUUGGAAUAUUGAGAAAUGAUAUGAUUCACUUGUAGAAAGUAAGACUUUUCUUUCAUUGAACACAUUGCCAUGAAUGAAAUUUCUAAUUUGGAUCCAGAAGCAAGUUUAUUUUGGCCCAAGUAACCUUUUUUAAGAUUUUAACUGUUAAUUAUAUUUUAAAGAUCUUUUAAAGUACCAACAUCAUUCAACUUUUAUUGUAAAUACAUGUUUUUUGAAAAAGUGUUUUGUUGAAACUG